UGUUCUUUUAACUAAUCAUUUUUUAAUAAUUUUUUUAUGAUUUUUAAUUCCGCCCCCUCCCCCCUCGAGUUGCACGGGUGGCGAGGCGCGCUCUUGCCCGAGCGGGGUAUCAAAAACUACGCUUCAAAAAACCGUUGUGCACUGCGCGUUUGCGCGGAUUGCUCGGUAGAUGGCGACGUCAGUCGGCCGCUAUAUUGAUCAAGUUAGGAUUUCGUGAGACGCACGUUGAUAAGAUCUCGCGAAAUUUUUCGAUCGCACGCGAUUUUCCUGCUGCGUGAUCGCGUGCGUGCGCGUGUGCGUGUGUGAUAUCGCCUGACAUCACUCGCGGUGUUCGCGGUGAAAAGCGAAAUUCAGGUUUCCCCGCGCGCGCGUCGCCCCCGGCACACGAUCGCGACGGCGGCGUCGCGUAAAUCCUCCUCCCUCGCCCAUGACGUCACUCGCGAAUUACACAAGCGUCAUCGCUCAGUCUGUUGUGGAAAAUUUUACGGGACUCGCGGGGUUGGCGAGACGCGGCACCCUUUGAGCGAGACCGGCGUAUGGUGUGCGGCCCUUUAUCGGCAAUACGGCGGCAGCGGCGACGAAGUGCAUCGUAACCAAAAUUUAAGUUUACAAGAGAGAUUCUUCCUGCAUCAUCAUCACAAUGUCUAUGCAACAGUUUUGUCUGCGGUGGAACAAUCAUCAGCCAAAUUUCAUCUCGGUUUUUUCAAAUUUGUUGAACAAUGAGACCUUGGUGGACGUCACUCUCGCAGCUGAGGGUAGGCAAAUUCAGGCGCACAAGGUCGUGCUGUCUGCAUGUAGCACAUACUUUCAGUCGUUGUUCACGGUCAAUCCCUGUCAGCAUCCGAUUGUCAUACUCAAGGACAUCAAGUUUUCCGACCUUAAGAUUAUGGUAGAUUUUAUGUAUUAUGGGGAAGUGAACAUAUCUCAAGACCAAUUGCCAUCCAUCAUAAAGACGGCAGAGAGCUUAAAGAUAAAGGGACUCGCAGAAAUGCAUACAGCAUCAUUAACUAAAUGGCCAAGUGGAAGCAGUGAAACAGGUGGAGGGGAUCGCGGUGAAUCCUGUUCGCCUAGCCCAUCCCCGUUGUCUCCUUCUUUUCGCAGAAAAAGGUUAAGGAAAUCUUCUACUGGCUCGACGUCUGGUUCUGGUGAUAAGCCAGAGGAAAUUAAUGAAAUCACCUUAGUGGCUACUAACAUCGUCAAACCUGAACCCCUUAUUGUGUCACAAGAAAGCGGAGAGAAUUUGAGGCGACCAGUAAACACUAGCACAGAAUCUCAAGGCAGUAUUGAUGAAGAUCAAAUAUCAAUUAUGAGUAAUAUGGAAACUAGUUCUGCUAAUACACCAGCCCAAAGUGAUGGUUCUAUUCAAGAUGUAAGUCAACAAUCGGCAGGAAACAUUGGACAAAGUUCUGUUUCUUCGCAACCACCUGUUCAUCAAGUUCUUCAUUGCAAGCAGACGCAAGUAACGAAGAGGACUCGGCUACUUAUAAGACAGCCACGAGUGAAGAAGGAGCCGAGUCAUUUAUCACCGGAUGGCGAAACGGGCUCUUUUUCGCCGCACAUUGUCUCGACCUCCGUUCAUCUCCCCACGCCAACGCUGAACCUUCCCCAAACGUCGAGGAGUUUUGAAGAGUCGCGUAUAUCGCCACCACCGCACACGAUGCUGGUCAGUCAACCUAAUCUGCUGACGGUGACGACGUCAUCCAACUUGCUGACGGUGCCUCAGCCAUCCUACCUAAUGAAGCAACACUCGCAUCCACUGCUGUCCAGCCAGCAACCGAGUACAUCCGGAACGUACUGGAUACAUCGGCAGCACUCGCAUCCUGAACUACCUGGUAGGACCACUAGUCCUUCGAUAGUGAUCGAGCCGGCGCCCGUCCUUAAGACAGAAGAAGAGGGAUGCGAGGAGACUACAGCUACACCAACUACCGCCUCCGAACUGGGAUCUAGCGGUGGCGGUGGUGGUGGCGGUGGUGGUGGUGGUGGUGGUGGUGGUGGUGGUGGUGGCGGCGGUGGCGGUGGCGGCACUUCCGGCGGACUGAGGGUGAAAACAACGGAGUUGCGACGGGCUUCCUCAUCGCCACAGACGAGCAGUAACAGAGAACCUCGUGAAAGUACGGGGGAUCAACGACUAGGUCACUGUCCAGUGUUGCGCCAGGGUCCUGCCUUAGGCUGCAAUCACUGCUGGAACACGAUAGACGCCCACGGCAGGAUACUCCGUAGGAAGACCAAGUAUCAUUGUCCUGAAUGCCAGAUCAAUUUGUGCAUCGUGCCCUGCUUUCAGGAGUAUCAUGAGCAGCGGCGCGAGAUGUAUUCCAAACUCAAGCCCUUACCAAAAACUAGUUCCGUUUAAUCUCCCUUUUUCCUCCCCGAUGUACUUUGUUUUGUAAUUGUUACUUAUCGGAUUACGUGUUAAAGCACGCGCUUUAAAUGUGUGAAGGUUCAAUCAAGGUGACGAAGUAACGAACCUGUUGUUAGCGUGUGACAUUAUUUUUCUCUUGUGCGACGAUGAAUGUGAGUCAUCAGAUUGAUAUCGUUUACCAAGACUUCAUGACUUGAUAUAUUUUUGUAACACAUUUACAACAUCUAUGUAACUGUUGAAGUAGGUUGAAAUUAUUGCAAUCUCGCGAUUUAAUGAUACAAAUGUUUAUAAUUGUGUGUAUUCUUUCUCCUUCCUGUUUAGUCCUUUAGUAAUUUUUACGUAGUCAUAUUUUUUAGUUAAAUAUAACUCAAGAUACUUUUAGUUUUUAUCAAAAGCAAGGACUCUAAUUUAGAAUUAGCAUAUUAAAAAUUUUACUUUAACAUAAGUACAGAGAGAUUAAUAUAUUAUUUUUUACACAAUUUUAUAAAAUUGACAAAAAAUUACGUACCGAGAUUGGAUGUAAGAUUACCUUUUACUUUGGAAAAUAUGUAAAUAAUUAUUACAAAGCGCAGCACUUAUUAUUAUUACUAUUAUUAUUGUUAUUAUUUAUGUUCUAUAGUGCACACUCAUUCAUGCACAUAGGUAUAUAAAUAUCUUCUAUAAAAAACUUAUAAAUUUAGAUAAUAUCGAAAAUAACUUAUAUUAAAAUUUUCUUUAAAGUAUUUAAAUUAUUUUUGUAUCAAUAGAUCAAAUUUUCGAUUGUUCAUAUUAGUGUGUGUUAGAUAAUAAAAAUCGCAAUCCAUCUGAAGUGAUAAAUGAUAUUAUUUAAAUUAAUAAAUAUUAUUUUUUAUAUAGGACGUUUCCCGUAAUGUGCGGAUAUAAUUUCAGAGAUGAUUCAGCACAUAAAUGUAAAAAAGUGUACAUGUAUAUUUUUGUUUUAUUUAAGUUUGCUUACAAAUUACAUAUAUUUUGUGUUAAGUGUUGCUUUUUUCUAAAUUUGUUUUUUUAAGUUAAUUAUUUUAAAUUUUAAAAAGUUUGAGACGUGUUAUUAUUGAUUUAUUCAAAAAUAAGCACCAAAUUCGUUAAAAGAUAAAACGACUAUAACUCGAACCAAUUUAUACGAAUCAAUGUUUUUACCUGCUGAAUUGUUUUUUUCUGAAAUAUUCUUAUAUGUGCAUAUACGUAAACGUAAUGUAUUGUGUAUUAUAUUUUAUUGCAAGUGUAUAUUCUAUCUUUCCGCGUAUUAGCAUGAAUUUUAAUGUUAACGUAUUUGACGUUAAUUAUUUUUUCUAAAUAUUUUCCAUCUUUCGUCCAAUCACGUUACACCGCAUGAUCUCAAAAUAGAACCCUCUCGCACUAUGUCGUUUUUUUUCUUUAACUCCCUCUUGUGUGACUACAUCGGGAUAAUAAUUUCUCUCGACGACACACAGACACUAAUUUUGGAGACAAUGAAUUGCGAGAUGGAAUUGUAAAUAAAAAAAAGAAACGAAAGGUAGAGCCGGCUGGAAACCGAUGCGACAACCGCUAAAACGAGAGCUUUAGCACACGUGCAACGAUCGAAAUUCGGUGUACUUUUAUAAAUCACUUCCUACCAUUCGCAGGGCCACCCCUAUCGCCACCUGUAACGACAUCCCACCAUUAAUGUGUCCGUGUAAAUUUGUCGCUGCUCGUUCUACGAGCAAUCGAACGCGGGACGCGUCUCUUUCCCGAACACAUACGAAUUUUAGGAUUCAAAAAAAGAAUAGUACAAGCGAGAUUUAUGCAAUCUAUCUAUCUAUAUAUACAAUAUAUAUAUUCAAGAUUUUCUAUUUAACGUAUAUGUAACAAAAAGUUUUAAAAUCAAAGUUGUGCUAUGAUUUUCACAUAAAAGUAGCAUGCACUUGUUACAUAUUCAGUAUGACAAACUUUUAAAUAGAGAAUUAAACAAAUUUUGAAAUAAUUAUUAAUAAUUUAUAUUUCAAAUUGAAUUUAUUUAAUUUUGACGAAUAUUAAAAAUUUUAUCCUGACAAAAUUGCGUUAUGGCGAAUUAACGCAAAUAUUGUAAAAUUGUCAAUUUAUAAUGCUAUUGUUGCAUUGUUUCCACAAUUUGCCUAUCAGUACUAUUUUUGUUUGUAAGAAACUACAAGUAAUAUAUCUUGUUUAAGGACAUACGUUUGUAAGAUAAAUAAAAAACGCUUUUUUUGUGCUAAUUUUUUCUCAAAGUUUAGGCUGUAAAUUUAUAAUAAUUGCCAUUAAUAAAAGAUAUUAAUUUUAUGUACCGUAUCGGAAACUUGUUUUUCUAAUUUCUCUUUAGCAAUUUGCAAAUAAAAUAAAAUGUUCUAUUGAACAUUUCUAUUGAAGCACAGAUUCGAUUUCGACGUGAAUUUUGGUGGUACAUUUCUAUCGAGUAUCUCCGCUUGUACUAACUUUUUUUCUCUCCUUAUUUCCCGGGCCAAUUUUCGCCUGAAAUUCACGUACUAUUUGUCACCCGAUCCCAGACUCCGAGCACUUUCUUUUUUUUUUUUUUUUUUUAUGUGUGUGUCUCGUGCAUUUAUCGCGGAAGAGUGUCAGAAGUGCCGACACGUGUCGCGAACAACGGGAUGGCUGUAGAAGUGACCGUGUAAAAGAUUUUUCUCCACGGGGGAGAGAAAAGUCGUGGUGAUGGAUUAGGCCGGAUUCGCUUUGGCCGUUUCGAUAAAUCACGAUUUGCGAAACGGACAAGCGAGGAUCUCUGCCGCAACCUGCGCAUUUUCCCCUGACACCUCCUUGCGAACGGCAACGUUCGCGCACUUUGUAUAUGUAAAGAUAUUGAAGAUGUAGAAAUACGUGCAAUAUAUUUUUCUUGGUAUUACAGAUGUAUUAUAUGCGCAAAAUGUUAUACCGAAUAAUCAUAUUUUAUGUAAAUCUAGCCCGAGAGAUUCGUAAAUUAAAA